GUUCAUGAUCUAAAGAAACCAAAACUGACUGAACGGCAUGUAAACUUAAGUGAUGGAAGACACAACAGAUAUGAUUUCUCGCUCAUAUUGUAAAAUCACUUGACGAUGAAUGCAUGAGCAGUGCUCGUGCUGUUAGAGGAUGUCGCGCGUUUCCGCAGAACUGAACUAUCAAACACUUCUCGAGUGUAGUUACUGCUACCCAGAUGAAGUGCUUGAAGACAUCAGAAAUUUGUCUGCAGAUUUCCCACAUCUCCAGUUAUACGUGGACUAUUAUCUCUAUCCCAACAACGAUAAGAAGAAGUUGGUUUAUUUGGGUGGCACAGUUCCUGUCGCAUAUGAAGGUGGCAAGUACAAUAUUCCAGUUUGCAUCUGGAUCCACGAGACCCAUCCGAAAAACCCACCAAGGUGUUUUGUCUGCCCUUCACCCUCCAUGAUCAUCAACACUAAAAGCAGCAAUGUGGAUGCCAAUGGUCGAGUUCUUCUCCACUGUCUCAGCAACUGGAAGAUUGGGUGGUCAAACUUGCCAAUCGUCCUGGAGGAGAUGAUUGCUGCCUUCCAGCGUGAAACUCCUCUGUUUGCCACAUAUCCAGUCCAAACGCCACAAACAAAGCACCUGCCGGCUGAACUGGUUCAACCCAAUCCUAUAUCCUCCUAUUGCAGUUCAAUACCGAAGACGUCAACAGCCCAACAUGGAGUGUCGUCCUCAUCUGUGCCUCAGCAUGUCUGCAAUACCCUACCCCAGAGUACAAAGUCCCAAAUGAACCUAAAUCCAGUCAGUGAAAUGGAGAUGAGUGGCGUAAGAAGAUCGUACACGCAAGAGUUGCUGGAUUUUGGCAUUACGUUUGGUGCUCAGUCAUCAGAGACUAACCACCAAACAAACCCAUUCAUCACGCCGGCCUCAGCUCCCACCAGCAGUACUUCUGAUGUAGACGAAAUGGACGACAUGUUCAAAAGCCUUCACCUGCCAAGAGUUGUCAAUUUGUACCAGUUGGACAGCAGGGAGCAAGAUGCUGUUCGUGCUAGAGGAGCAUGGCAGGAAUGUCUUGGUGGUGCCAGGGUUCACUCGGGUUUGGCGGAUGAGCAUCACAAGGUAGUGGUGAGUGGACUUCCUGUGGGCGUCUCUCCCAGCAAGAUGAAGAAUAAGCUCACCAUCUACUUCCAGAAGAGGCACAAUGCAGGAGGAGAGGUUCUGGACAUCAGAUACCCUGCAGCACAGCCAGACCAGGCAUGGGUGCUCUUCAGAAACCAGAGAGAUGCAGAGCAUGUUUUGAAGCAGCCUGACAGGAUGAUUGACAUUAGCGAACAACACUUUUCUAUUCAGCUGAAGAAGUUUAAGGACAUGGAGAUCCCAGGUGGCGUCCAAGGUGACAAGGCUGAAAUGUUUAGGAGCAUCUUGAGUCUGGAGGGAUGCAACUUCAGCUCCACAGAUGUGCUGGAAGCGGUGCAGUCGUGCCGAGAUCUUCCAUCUGCUCUGAAAUAUCUCUGCCACGAUUGUCCUAUUUGCCAGGAGCAAGUAUCCUUCAACAGGAUGGUCACCAUGACACACUGCUCCUGUACCUUCUGUGAGAGCUGUUUUAAGAAGUACUUCUCCUCUGUCAUUAAGGAGAAGAAUAUAGUUCAUGCUGUGUGUCCUCUCUGUAAUCUUCCUGAUGUACGAGGAGGCCGCAGGGAGGACACCAUGGAGUACUUCAGUCUACUGGACACACAGAUCAGGUAUUAUUUGGACCCCCAGAUUCAUGAGCUCUUUCAGAGGAAACUUCGAGACAGAGCACUGCAGGAAAUGCCCAACUUCCGCUGGUGUGCACAUUGCUGCUUUGGGCUUCUCCAUGAAGCAGACAGGCUGAGAAUGGACUGCCCUAGUUGUGGGAAAAGCACAUGCUUUAAGUGUAAAAGGCCGUGGGCUCCACAGCAUGAAGGAAUCUCGUGUGAGAAGUUCAAAGAGUGGGAGCAACUCAACAGCCCCGAGUACCAAAACUCCAGGCUGGAGCAGCUCCUCAGCAGGAACAAAAUAGACUGCCCAAAAUGCAAAUUCCGCUUCUUCCUGGCCAGAGGAGGCUGCUUGCAUUUCAGAUGCACUCAGUGCCAGCAUGAAUUCUGUGGUGGCUGCAGUCAGCCGUUUAAACAAGGCUCUACCUGUAAUUUUUCCAUCGAGUGCGCAGCUAAAGGGUUACAUGCGCACCAUCCUCGAAACUGCCUAUAUCAUCUGAGAGACUGGAGCGUCCCGCGACUGCGGACCCUGCUGCAGCGCUAUGGAGUAUCGCAUCCGCUCAUGUUCAGCCCCAAACAUCCAAUGGGGAGACACUCUAAAGGCAUCUGUGGCGUAAUGGAGUUCCAGGAAACAGGAGCUGUGAAAGAAGAGACAUGUGGACGACAAGCUUUCCCAGAGUACAGCGGUUAUUGCACGUUGCAUUAUAAAGAGGUACUGGUGGAGCUGAUAAACAGCAAUGGACUGGACCCUGUGGUACUGUUAGAUGGGGCAGAAUUGAGGGCAGAAAUGGACCGUUGGAAAGUGCCACUUCCAGAAAGACACCCUUUGGAGCCGGAUCAGCGGUACGAUGACAGACUUCGACAGAUCUUAAAGGAGCGGGUGGUUCUGGGCUGUGGUGCAGCUCCUGGAUUGAAAGCGGCUGCUCCACCCACUCCAUCUCCCUCUUCUCCUCCAGCGGCCGGAGCUCCGUGGUACUCCAUCCUGAACCGGGCCGUUGCUGAAGACUCGCAACAACUCCUGCUGCUGACUGACUGAAGAGCUUAGAGAGACUUCAUAUGCAUUUCUUCUCUCACUGUUAACAGUGAUAGGGUUACAAAGCUCUGAAUCAAACCAAACUGAUUCUUAACACAUUAUGGGGUCUUUCCCUCACACCAAUUUAAAGAGACAGUCCCCUUUUUUUGUCUUAUUUUAUAUAGAGUUGAAGUCAGAAUUAUUAGCCCCCCUUUUUCCCCCAAUUUCUGUUUAACGGAGAGAUUUUUUUCAUCACAUUUCAUUACAAAACAUAAUAGUUUUAAUAAGUCAUUUCUAAUAACUGAUUUCUUUUAUCUUUGCCAUGAUGACAGUAAAUAAUAUUUCACUGCAUAUUUUUCAAGAAACUUCUAUACAGCUUAAAGUGACAUUUAAAGGCUUAACUAGGUUAAUUAGGUUAACUAGGCAGGUUAGGGUAAUUAGGCAAGUUAAUCUUUAAUGAUGGUUUGUUCUGUGGACUAUUGAAAAAAAAAAACUAGCGUAAAGGGGCUAAUAAUAUUGACCUUAAAAAGGCUUUAAAAAAAUAAAAACUGCUUUUAUUCUAGCCGAAACAAAAGAAAUAAGACUUUCUCCAGAAGAAAAAAUAUUGUCAGACAUGCUGUGAAAAUUUCAUGCUCUUAAACAUAACGUAAUUUGGGAAAUAGUUAAAAAAAGAGGGGAAAAAAAAUCAAAGGGGUGCUAAUAAUUCUGACUUUAACUGUAUACAGUAUCUAUCUAUAAUAAUUUUUUUUAGAACUCGGGUCGCACUGAGCACCUCAGUGAUAUAUGUUGACGCACUUAACCACUAAGCUGUUGGCGCCAACAAAAUAUGCUAAUUUUACAACCCCACUAUAGUUUAGCUUAGCUUAGCAUAGAUCAUUGAAUCUGAUUAGACCAUUAGCAUCAUGUCAUACCAUGACUGCAGCAGGCGCAGAGAUAUUACACAUAUUCUAACUGGUUGUGCAAGUGUACAGCUUGGUGCUGCGAACUAAUUUCAGGCGCUGCGUAGUAUCAUUGCACCUGCUGCAACCAGUAUACGGCAGCAAAUUUCCUUGAUUAUUACACCAGAUUGAGAGUAUAGUUCCUAGUCAUAUAGGCCUAGAAAAUAGCAACUUUUCAUGUUAUGUCAGUCUUUAUUACACAAUGUAAAUACAGAAGAAUCAAGCUUUUAAAUAGGAAAAUUAUUUAUUAUUGGUAAUUAAGUGAGACUCUAAUGGUCUAAUCCGAUUCAAUGAUCUAUGCUAAGCUAAGCUAAAAGUGCUCACGGCAGAUCCAGAGAUUGACUGAAUGGAUAAAAAAAAUGGUAAAACUGAACUGUUUAUCUCUAGGGAAGCUUAUAUUCCAAAAUAAAAGUGGAUUUUUCUUUUAAUAUUAUGCCAGAGGGGAAUUAUGCUUGAACAGGGAUGGAGCAACAAGCAGUGACGCAGGAGUUUUAUCCGUUUUUACAGAACAAGCACUGAGGUUUGCGUGUCAUAGCUAUUCUACAAACUUCUGUCGAAGCUUGUGGCUCUCAAAAUUACUCCGAUUCUUUAACUUCUAGCAGUGAGGAUCUACUCAUGCUUGUUUUAACUGUUUUGUAUUACUUGUAUAUUAAAUCGGCUUUAUACAGUGUUUGCGUUAUACAGAGCACAAGUUUGCACUUUUGUGAAAUGGGUAUUAGCAUGGUCUGUAAGACGUGUGAAAGGUUACGUGUUGCGAAGAUUUGACUGUGUGAAUAACUGUGAAUAUAAAACAUUUAUUUUCUCACAGUCUCAUUUUUUUGUUUGUUUGGAAUAUUAACACCCAGCCUAUCGA